AUGCUUGUGUUCGGUGGGAUUCAAUUUUCUACGCUAGAACCAAUUUCAGAGUUGAGGGGAUUUGAUUUGCAGAAGGGAAAGUGGUAUAUUGUACAUGCAAAAGGUGAUGUUCCUGGAGGCAGAAUAGGACAUGUCUUACUCUCCUGCUCGAGUGGUGCUACAAUAAUGGUUGGUGGCGUAAUCAGCACUCUUGAUGGUUCUGUGCAGGAUAAUAGCCUGUGCAUUUACCAUGUGCGAACACAGCACUGGAAAAGAAUAGCAUUGAAACAGAGAAGUGAGCCUUUUUCAAAACGAGGGAAAAGCGACGGCCCCUGUCUCCCGUAUACAGGGGAAAAACACAUUGUCUUCGGUUCGAAUGUAUGCAGGGUGAAAUUCAUUGGGCGAGCUUAUGAUGAUGACAAAGACCAUCUGACAAAUGAGACAAAUACACCGAAUAUGGAAGGUGAGUUAGCACGCUUACAAAGAUAA